AUGGUGGUAACGUUGUCAGAAGAUUUGACCGAAGAUAUACUGGAGAGGUUACCAACCAAGUCAUUGAUGCGAUUCAAGAGCGUGAAGCAAUCAUGGAAUACCCUCUUCAAAAGCAACACCUUCAUAAAGAGGCAUAGCCAGAGGCAGAGGCAAAGAGCAUCCAUUGAGCGUGUCAUGAUUUUCGACACUUGUUCUCAGGAAAGUAUAACCAGGUUAACUCUUCUUUCCUCAAAUGCCCCUGUUCUCUUUGAGCUUCCAGUUGAACAGUAUCCCUUUGGCCAAUACAGUUCUGACCUUAUUUAUCCAAUGGGUCAUUGCAAUGGCAUUUUUUGUCUUUGGUACAAUGAUGGUAAUCCUGGUUUUGUUCUGUGGAAUCCAGCCACAAGAGAGGCUAAGCAUGUUCCCCCCUCGCCUUUUUCUAACAGUCUCAAUAUUAGUUAUUAUUUUGGGUUUGGUUCUAAUCCCAACACUUUCAACUGUUUCAAGCUUAUUCAUGUUUUUUGCAUGUUCCCUAAUGACGAUACAAAAGCAAAGCCUAUGUUUUUUACAGAGCUAUACAAUACUAGCGCCGAUUCCUGGACUGUUAUUCGUGAUGUGGAUCCUUGUUUUUUCACUUUGCCUAGGAAUCUACUACCCUUUAGAUCCUCUGCUUUUGUGAAUGGGAUUGAUUACUCCUUGUUUUUCGAUUACACAUUCAUCCUUUGCUUUGACUUUUGCUCCAACCGAUUCUGGAAGCUCGACACCCCAACUCUAAACGGUAAAAUUCUUGAGGCCGAGGAUUCCAUUGCGUACAUUGUCCAGCACACAGUUUCUGAAGAUCAAGGACAAAUUGGGUAUGAAAUUUGGAUUUUAGAACAAGAAAAUACCUGGACUAAGAUACGCGACAUUCAUCCACUUGACAGCGACGUCGAAAUCUAUGCCCUUUGGAGAGAUUGCACUGAAUGUCUUGCAGGAACUGAGUAUCAACCGUUGAUGUCAUAUAACUCCGAUGGUCAAACACUGCAGCAAUUUGAAUAUAUUGUACCUCAAUAUCGUGAGUUCUACAACUAUAAGUAUGUGGAAAGCAUCGCUUUCUUAUCACCAUAA